UGCGCAGUUGAAGCGUCUGUACAAAGACUGCCGAGGCGAAGAUGAGCCUUGGGAGAUUGACGCAGGCGAUGAGUGUCCGACCAAAACUUCUGGCGCUGAUCAGGCUAGACAAUUUAAGUUGGUGGACGGCGACUUUGGUGCAUUCCCGGGGGAAAACGUCGAUGGAAAACGGGGUACCGUCUACGUCGUCGACGCUGCCGACGCUCAAGGAGCCAUUUUAACUUUAGAUGACGCCACUUACAGCGUUUAUGACGUAGCGACUAUGCAAGGUGCCGUAAACGGUAAUGCCGCCGUUGAAAUAAUUGACGCUAUCGAUAAUGCCGCUACUGCCGUUGACGAUUCUGCCGCUACCGAUGCUGCCGCUGUUACCGAUGAAGCCGGUGCCGCUGCGGCAAGCUCUGCUGCUGCCGCGAUUAUUAGAAAUUCUGCUGACUCCGAAGACGUCGCCGCGAAUAGGCCAGCCGCCAUUUUAAAUCGUCGUGCCGUUACCAGUCAUAUUAAUACCAACGCCCCUAACAUUAUUUCCGAGCUAAAUGAAUCUUCAACUACUGCUCUUGAUGAGGAAAUUAAAAAAUUGAGACAGCAGAAGGAAAUAUUAGAAUUGAAGCGUCAAAUCAGGGAGCUCGAAAAUGUUUCUGCAUCGGGUCCCGCCCAUGUACCUGGACGACGCGUGAACUUCAGCGACAUUGAAUAUGCCGUUCCGAAAUUUAGUGGUGACGAGGUGGCGCACUCCGUUACCGACUUUUUACGAGAAUUUUCCGAAGUGAUGGCAAGCAUUAAUGCCGAUGAACAGUUUUUGUUUUUAAGCUUGCGCCGUUCGCUUACGGGUACAGCCCGCCAGUUCCUCAAGACUGCUAAUGUCUUUACGUUUGAAGCGCUGAGAGAAGCUCUGAUCAAUGAGUUUGGCACGGUCGUCUCGCGCCGAGAUGUUUAUAGGAUGCUGGCCCGACGCUAUUGGAAGAAGGAAGAAGAGUCCCUGCAUUGCUACAUUCUGGUUAUGCAGUCAAUCGCAAAGCGCUCAGAUAUUGGCGAACUCGAGGUUAUCGACUUUAUAAUCGAAGGUAUAGGUAAUAAGGUCAACAACAUCAACCUGCUAGUUGGAGCUCGUUCUGUGAAGGAGCUAAAGAAGUUGGUGAACAGGUACCAACAGAAAUAUUUGACCCAGAAUGCCGCUGCCGAUCUGCGAAAAACAAAACAAUCGCUUGCUGUUGCCGACAAUGCCGCUAAAACAACUACGGAUACGAGUGCCGAUAACCCUUUAUGCUACAAUUGCUCGCAAAGGGGUCACAUUAAGCCCAAUUGUCCGCACCCGCUGCGGGUUAGAGGUUCAUGUUUUCGAUGUUGGCAAAUGGGCCACAGCCAUAGGGAGUGCAACAAUCCGAAGAAAAAUUUGAAGGCCGUUCCUGGAAAACAAGUUGCCGCUGUUGAGGAGGAUCCGAGAGUUUUAGAUUCGCUUAAUUUAUCCGGCUAGUUUCAUCAAACAGUCUUGCGUGCCUAUUAAUGUUACGGAAGUUUCGAGUUUGGGGAAAAGAAGCUACAGAGGUGUUGGUGGAAGAAAAUUAAAAAUUUUAGGUGAAAUAAAAUGUACUAUAAAAUCUGAAAUGCAAUUGAAGACUAUUGUUAUUAAUGUUUUGCCUGAUGACGCUAUGUCAGUACCUGUCAUUUUAGGACGAAAUUUUUUAAAGUCCUUUAAUAUUAACCUAAUUAAGACAAAAUUGAAGUUCAAUAAAACUCAGCUAAUGAAUUUUAAUAAAAUAAAUGAAAUCGCUUGCAAUUCCCUGUCGAAUAAUUUACGUAAUAUUUUGGGUAGAUACAAUAUUCUUAAAUGUAAUAAAAUGAGUUGUUCUGGUGAUAUAAUACGCAAACUUCCGGAAGUUGAGUUGGAGAAAGGUGAGGAUAUCCUGAAACAUGAGAGUUUUUAUGACGUGCCUGAUGUAUUCAGUAUUGAAAUUGACCUAGAAAGCGAGUUGUUAGAUAUUAGUCCUGUU